GGCGUGUAUCAUUUCCCCUCGCUGGAGUUUCCCCAGCGCAAGGUCGUCUGGUCGUCUGCCAGUGUUUGGUCAUCGAAGCUGCGAACACCUAUAUUCAAAAUCAAACUUUCCGUUCGGUACCCGAUAGGCGCUGGCAUAUCGUUUUCGUGCUCUGAGAAGUGAGGUCAACGACUGACCGCUUCGAAGGGUCCACUCAUCUGUGACCAGAGGCCGGCUUCCACAGAGCUUCACGCUUGGCUAGGUAACAUUCCUGUCUUCUUCGCUGUUUGGCUGUGUUCCCUGUUCGAGGUGGUCAUGGCAGAGAACUCAGACGCCUUCUCAGAAGACUUGGAACGAAACCACAUGCCAAGUAAAUGGGGAGUGCGACUCAAAGGAGACGACCUCAUCAACUACUACUUGAGUACGUCCGUGAAAAACAGCAAUGCUUUCAAGUCAGACUUCAAGGGUCACCUCAACGUUGUCUACGGAGAAAGACCAGAAGAAAAGAUGGAUAUCUUCGGGUACGAUACUGUUCCUCAAGAUGCACCAGUCGUUAUCUUUUUUCACGGUGGUUAUUGGAUAGCUGGCAACAAGGACAUGCACUCAUUCGUCGCGAAGAGCUUUGUCCUGGCCGGGAUUGCAGUUGUGAUAGCUGGAUACCCUUUAGCUCCGAAAGUAACGUUGGAUGACAUCGUCGCGUCAGGAAAGCGCUGUGCUAAGAAGGUGGUAGACAUGUCCCUACGCAAACGUUCGGCCGGCGUGUUUUUAAGUGGUCAUUCUGCCGGAGCUCACAUCGCCGCAAUGAUCUUAUCAGAUAAGGCCUGGAUGAGCGAGAGCAAGGGGCAUGUCAAAGGUGCGGUACUGUUUUCUGGGGUUUAUGAUACUCUUCCGUUGUUGAGGACGUCUGUGGCUCGUGACGCUGGGAUAACGAUCGAACAGGCAACGAGAGCUUGCCCUCUGUUGAAGUUCUCCGACAUUCCCGCGAACGUAAAGGUAUUGAUUGUGGUAGCCGAGCAUGAUCCUCCGCCGUUUCACGAGCAGGCUCAAGUAUACAAGGAGAAACUGUUUGAACGUAAUGUGCACGUGGAGUUCUUGAAGUACCCUGGUGACGACCACUUCACUUUCUUCGAGUCACUUAUGGAUAGAGAGAAUGAAGUAACUCAACGCAUUGUACAGUUCGUUCUGCGAGGGUGUCAGAAAAUAUGAAGACAACUUGUUGUAUGCGUGGCAGCGUCUUACUAUGUCAGUUAUUAAACAUGUAUAUGUAACGGUCCCAUAACGGAGUAUGAGCACAAUCGUGUACGUGCAUCUAACGUGUGUAUAUAUUAGCCGCCACACAUGAAUGAAAGCUGCAGUCGAUCGUUCUGAAAUGUUUGAACAAAUGUUUGUGCAUUUGAGCGCUGUACACCGAAAGUAAAUAAAUCAAUGAAAUAAUUAAACC